GCCAUCAGCUCUGCUGCUCUUCUGCGUCCCAGGCUGUUCGUCUCUGAGUGGUCCCAGCACUGUGAUGGGCACCGUUGGGGGAUCCCUGAGCGUGCAGUGUCGAUAUGAGGAGAAAUACAAGACAUUUACUAAAUACUGGUGCCGACAACCAUGCUUGUUCCUUUGGAACCAGAUUGUGGCCACCAGAGGGUCUGAGGAAGAGGUGAAGAGUGACCAUGUGUCCAUCGUGGACCAUUUUGGGGACCUCACCUUCACUGUGACCUUGGAGAACCUCACUGCAGAUGAUGCGGGAAAAUAUAGGUGUGGGAUUGCGACAAUGUUGCAUGAAGAGGGACUCCUUGGCUUCCUGCCUGACCUCUUUUUCCAAGUUCAAGUGUUUGUUUCCCCCAGGUCCCUGCCUGGCAGUGUUCACUUUCUGCUCCUCAUACUCGUGAAGGUGCCCCUGUUUCUGACUAUGCUAAGUGCUGUCCUCUGGGUGAACAGGCCUCAGUGGGCAAUUUGUGGGAAACAGAGUCGACCUGAUGAAGACAACGAUAUCUUGUCCUGA